GGCCCCGCACGUCAGCGACACACGAGCCCGAGGUUUAGCUAGCUCUGUUCUGCCCCUAAUCCCCUCGCGCCGCCGGCGAGCAAGGGGGAGAGAUCUGCGCUGCGGGCGGCCAUGGCGGCGGCGGAGCAAGGGGCGGGGGCCGUGAGGAAGGAGGAGGGGGAGGGGGAGCAGGAGCAGGUGGUGAACCCGUGGGAGGUGUCGGCGGGGAAGGGCGGCAUCGACUACGACAAGCUCGUGGACCAGUUCGGCUGCCAGCGCAUCGACGACGGGCUCGUCGACCGCGUCGCGCGCCUCACCGGACGCCCGCCGCACUGCUUCCUCCGCCGAGGCCUCUUCUUCGCCCACCGGGAUUUUAACGACAUACUGGAUCUGUAUGAGAAGGGCGAGAAGUUCUACCUGUACACGGGGAGGGGGCCCUCGUCUGAGUCGCUGCACCUCGGCCACCUCAUCCCCUUCAUGUUCACCAAAUAUCUGCAGGAAGCAUUCAAGGUGCCCCUAGUUAUACAGCUAACUGACGAUGAGAAGUUCUACUGGAAGAACUUGACUAUUGAGGAAAGUAAAAGGCUUGCCCGUGAAAAUGCUAAAGACAUUAUAGCAUGUGGUUUCGAUGUUGAGAGAACUUUCAUUUUCACAGAUUUUGGUUUCGUUGGAGGCGCCUUCUAUGAAAAUAUGGCUAGAGUUGCCAGAUGUGUGACAUACAAUAAGGCUGUAGGGAUAUUUGGAUUCUCACCUGAGGAUCACAUAGGAAAGUGUACCUUUCCUCCAGUACAGGCAGUUCCAUCCUUCCCUUCUUCAUUUCCUCAUCUCUUCUCUGGCAGAGACCAACUGCGGUGCCUUAUUCCAUGUGCCAUUGACCAGGAUCCUUACUUUAGGAUGACUCGUGAUGUUGCUCCCAGAAUAGGUUAUCAGAAACCAUCACUGAUUGAAUCAAGAUUUUUCCCUGCUCUUCAGGGGGAGAACACAAAAAUGUCAGCCAGCGAUGCAAAUACUGCAAUAUAUGUUACAGAUAGUGCUAAACAAAUAAAGACAAAGGUGAAUAAAUAUGCCUUCUCAGGUGGGCAGGACUCAAUAGAGCUCCACCGAAAACUUGGAGCUAAUCUUGAUGUGGACGUUCCAAUCAAGUACCUAAACUUCUUCCUUGAAGAUGAUGAUGAGCUUGAGCACAUAAAGAAGGAGUACAAAGAAGGAAGGAUGUUGACUGGUGAAGUGAAGCAACGACUUAUCGCAGUUUUAUCCGAGCUGGUUGCUAGGCAUCAAAGAGCUAGAGCUCAAGUGACCGAGGAGAUGGUUGAUGCAUUCAUGGCAGUCAGGCCUCUUCCCAACAUGUUUGGCUAAACAUUAUGACAAACCAGGAAGAACAUUGCUGUUCUUUGGGAUAAUUUAAGGGAUGUGUAGAACAAUGGGGUUACCAUAAAUGUCUCCCCUGAUUUAUAUCCUUCUCUGAUUUAUGUGUACCUAGCCAACCAUCCUGUGUGGCAGGUUGAUUUUGUUGAAUCAAUACAUGAUGGUGUUAUUUAAGUUUAUUUUCAAUCAUGGUCCAUCAAUGUAAGAUUGAGUGAUCUUUUUGUUGAAUGAGAAGAGAUUGAUGGGAUUGAUUUGAAGCAGAAA